AUGAGCUGGUCAGGAGGAGAUUGGAUGUGUGGUGCUUGCCAGCACAUAAAUUUCAAGAAGAGGGAGGCAUGCCAAAAUUGUGGAUAUCCCAAGUUUGGAGGCCCUGACCCUUCAACUUAUAGAUAUCACAGGACGGAAGCAUUGGCCGGAGACUGGUUUUGCACCGGUAUGAACUGUGGAGCUCACAACUACGCCAGCCGAUCAAACUGCUAUAGAUGUGGUGCAUUCAAAGAUGAUUAUUCUUCUGGAUAUGGAGGGAACAUGGCAGGCUCUGUAGGCUAUGGAUCUGACUGCAGUUUCCCACCGGGAUGGAAGAGCGGUGACUGGCUUUGUCCUAGAAUUGGCUGUGGAGUGCAUAAUUAUGCUAGCAGGACAGAAUGCUUUAAGUGCAAAAUGCCAAGGAAUUUUGGUGGUGCAGACUAAAGGAAUUUCGGUACAUCUGUGAUAUCAUUGAUUUCCCUUAACAUCUUCCUUCUCCAAACAACAUUCCAUCUUCCUUUCCCUAUGUUGAGCUCUAGACUAGUCAUGGAUGAAGGCCCUCUGUUAUAAUCAAAGCAAUGUCCUUUCAUUUAGAAGAAUUUCUAGAUGUAAUUGUUUCUUGCUACAUGUACUGACAAGAAGG